AUGGAUUGCUCUGAGCUACAUGACCCGCCCAUCUUAACCUCCGUUCCUUUAUAUCAUGGGAUAUUGAUCGACCAGUUUCUGUAAGCAGUUUUUUAUUGGUCUUUUUUCCCCAUAUCGCUUCGGUUAUCGUGGGAAGGAUUUUCAUCUCAAUUUUUUAAAAUAUUUUUUCUUGUGUGCUGGUUAG